UCCUGGGAUAGCGAGUACGGCACGGGACGUGUCCCCGCCGGGACCAGGCCCUUCCCUGAUGACAGAAAUAGCUGCCAGGAGCGGCUGCGUCGCACGUGGGAGCAGGGAAGCAGAAACUGAAACUUCCUCUUUAAAAGGUGCAGUGCUGUGAAAACUGUUACUGACCGUAGAAAAAUGGACAUGUUGCAGAUACUCCGUAAAACCACAGAACGCUUAGAGUGUGACCACUGCAGCUUCAGAGGAACGGACUAUGAAAACAUACAAAUUCAUAUGGGUACCGUUCACCCAGAGUAUUGUGACGAAAUGGAUGCUGCUGGUUUGGGUAAACUUAUAUUUUAUCAAAAAAGUGCAAAACUGUUUCACUGCCACAAAUGCUUCUUUACCAGCAAGAUGUAUUGCAACGUGUAUUAUCACAUCAAAGCACAGCAUGCAGCACCUGAGAAGUGGAAUGAGGAGCGGAAGGAACAACGGGUAGAAGGAGAUUCAGAUUCAUCCAAAAAAAGUGUCACAUUGGAGCCACAGAAACCUACCCUUUCCCCUGAGUCGCACAAACCUGCCCUUUCUCCUGAACUCCCCAAAUCUGAACCUGUUGUUUCCCCCAAGCUUCAGAAAUCUUCUGCGUCUCCAGAGCCCCAGAUAUCUGCUCAGGUGACUUCCUCAGAGGCAGACAAGUCAGCCCAGACUGUAUCCCCAGAUCCAGAAAAAUCAGCCCAGGCUACAUCUCCGGAUCCAGAGAAGUUAGCCUCAGCUGUGUCCCCUGAUCCACAGAAGCCAUCCCCACCUGUGUCCCCCGAUCAACUGAAGCCAUCUCCUGCUGUGUCCCCUGACCCACAGAAGCCAUCUCCUGCUGUGUCCCCUGACCCACAGAAGCCAGCCCCAGCUGUGUCUCCAGAGCCCCGGCGGCAUUCCCCAGCUGUGUCUCCAGAGCCCCGGCGGCAUUCCCCAGCAAUGUCUCCAGAACCCCGGCGGCAUUCCCCUGCUGUAUCACCAGAGCCCCGGCGCCAUUCUCCUGCAGUGUCUCCAGAACCCCGCAGAUAUUCCCCAGCUGUGUCACCAGAGCCAAAGAAACCUACUCCAGCAGUAUCCCCUGAACCGCGGAGGUAUGCCCCAGCUGGGUCUCCUGAGCCACGGCGGCAUCCCUCCCAAAUGCGUAGGCCUGCUUCUGCUUCUCCUCCUGAAACCCGGAGACCUGCUUCUGCAGUUUCACCGGAGUCAUGGAGACCUGGUCCGACUGUUUCCCCUGAGCCCUGGAGGUCUCACGAGGUGCAAAAGUCUCCGACGGUUUCUCCCUGGGCUCCAAAGCCUGCCAUGUCAGUGUCCAUAGAGUCCCGGAGGUCUGCCCCUGAGUCUCGAAGGCCUGGCCCUGUUGUGUUGCCAGAACCUAGGAGGGUUGUUUCUGACUCGUGUAAGUCUACGUCGUUUUCUGAAUCCCAGAAGUCUACUCUUGUUUCUUCUGAGCCAUGGAAACCCAUCUCAUCUGUUUACCCUGAAGGCUGGAAACCUGUUCUGUCCCCUGAUACAUGGAAGCAUUCUCCCCCUGUUUCUCCUGAGCUUCGAAAGUCUAGUCACACUGUUUCCUCAGACUCUUGGAAGCCUCCUUUCUUUCCUGAGGUCCGUAAGCCCGGUAUUUCAGUAUCUCCUGAACCUUGGAAACUCUCUGAGUCACGGAAAUCUAUGUAUUUUUCUGAAACUCAGAAAUCCACCUCUGCUGCUUCGUCUGAGAUUCAGAAACGGGCUCAUUUCCCUGAACCUCGGAAGAGAGUGCUGUUCCCAGAGUCUCGUAAAUCUAAUCCUACUGCCUCUACUGAUGUCCAGAAACGUGCCGUCUUUUCUGAGCCCCAGAAUCAAAUAUCUACUUCUGCUUUUUCUACCGAAGGUCAAAAACAAGCCCUGUGUUCUGAAACCCAGAAAUCAGCUCUUGUUUCUUCUGAAGUCCAGAAGCACGCCCUAUUUUCUGAAGCCCAGAAACUUGCUCCCAUUUCCUCUGAAGUUCAGGAGUCUACUUCCUUUCCAGACUCUCAGAAAUCCACAUCUCCUGAAAUUCAGAAACAUGGCCUCUUUACUGAGUCCCAAAAACCUACUCCUGUUUCUCCUGAGACACCCAAACAAGUUGUUUUCACUGACUCCCAGAAAUCUACUAUUUCCCCUGAUGUUCAAAAGCACGCUGUAUUUUCUGAGAUGCAGAAGCCUGCUGCUGCUUUAUCCUCUGAUGUCCAGAGACAUGCUGAAACUACUGUACCUUCUGAAAUCCAGAAGAAUAUCCUGUUUUCCGAGCCUCACAAGUCUGCUUCAGGCUUUUUCUCCGAGCCCCAAACACCUAGUGAGUCUGGCGAGAGUGACUUUCUUUCUCACACUUUAGAUGAUCAGAAACCACUGGAUGACUUAUUCUCACAGGAUGAACAAUCAUUAUUAGCCAAAGAAUCACCAGAAGACAUGCUAUAUUCAUGCCCAAAAAAGAAGCCCAAGAAGGAAAACCAGAACUCAGAUUCUGAACUAAAUAUCAGUGAGUGUGGAAAAACAGAGUUGGACUCAAUGGAGAUAAAGGAACAAGAAUCCAACAGUGACCAAGAGCAAUAUGAUAUGGAGUCAUCUGAUUAUGGCAAAGAGAGCAAAAUGGAUGCAACUACUCCCACGCAGCCACAGUGUGUGCUGCAGUUUACUGAAGAAAAAGAGGCUUUCAUCUCUGAGGAAGAAAUAGCAAAAUACAUGAAGCGUGGCAAGGGAAAGUAUUACUGCAAAAUUUGUUGCUGUCGUGCAAUGAAAAAAGGUGCUGUCUUGCACCAUUUAGUUAACAAGCAUAAUGUUCAAAGCCCAUACAAAUGUAAAAUAUGUGGCAAAGCUUUUCUCUUGGAGUCUCUUCUUAAAAACCAUGUUGCUGCUCAUGGUCAAAGUUUGUUGAAGUGUCCCCGUUGUAAUUUUGAAUCAAAUUUUCCUCGAGGCUUUAAGAAACAUUUAACCCAUUGCCAAAGCCGUCAUAGUGAUGAUGCACCUAAAAAACACUUGGACAACCUUGAACCGCUUGAAGAACAAAUUUAAUCUUUUUUUCUCCUUGUGCUAGAAAAGCUAAAUUUACAGAAGUGUUCAAAGUGUUACUGUAUGUUAACCAAGUAGUUUAGCUGAUCUGACAAGUCAGAAGAUGCAUGGUUUAUUGUGCUAUGUUUACCUUGUCUUUUAUAGCUGUAUUACUGAAGAGAUUUACUUUUGAAAGUCAUUUUAAAUACGUGUUCAUGUCUUUGUAUUACCCAUCAGUAGAGUCAUAUUUUAUUUUUCAGAUGUACUAUGUUUUUGAAACCAAAAUGGAUACAAAAUAGUUUUGUAAAGAUUUGUAAAACGUAUAGGCAAUUAAGGACUGGAAUGGCAAGCAAUCCAUAUUUUCCUGUGAAGACAACUUGUUUUUUCACAUUUGUUAAAUGUUGUAUUUUUCAAAAUGUUUUUAUCAAGUUCUCAAAUCUAAAAUUCUCACUAAAUUGAAUGUGAAUGAGCCAGGUAUGAGAAACUACCAGUGUCCUGGAAUAAUGAUGCCCUGACGUUGUAAUUGAGUGUAUAGUCAAUUGUUGGAAAUUCAUUGCACUCAAUUCUUCGACUUGUCUCAGAUUUAGAAGCAUCAAGGUACCUAUUUUGUGAUUCUGUGUUUUGGCCAUGUUUUAAGCAUGUACUAAUAUACAUUAAAUUGAUAGAUUAACGUCAGACUAUGUAUAGCUCAACACUUUCUCUUGAUGAUUCAGAUGUUUGUAAUGUCAGACAACCUCUAAUUUUCUUGUAUUUGGUGAAAUGUUAUGCUUUAAUGUUUUAACAAUAAAAAGAAACCCAACCUGG